CGGAGGCCGGGGCGGCCGCCCCGGCCCAUCAUGUAGGUGCAGCCGCGCCGGCCCCGCGCCAGCCGCGCAGGGACCCCCCCCCGGCCCGGCCUGGCCCGGCCCGGCGCGCCCCGAGCCGCCCAGGCGGGAGCGCGCGCGGCGUUCCCGGGGGGGAGCGCGGCGCGGCUCGGCUCGCAUCUUUUGUGUGUGUGCGCGCGCGCGCGCCGGGCGGCUCGCCCCUCGGCGGGGCCGCGCGGGGGACGGCUCUUUGUGCGCGCGCCCUGCCCCCAGCCCGCCGGGGGACAAUGUCUCAGCCCCGAGGCAAGAAGAGAAACCCUGGGCUGAAAAUUCCUAAAGAAGCAUUUGAGCAACCACAGACAAGCUCCACGCCACCCAGAGAUCUGGACUCCAAAGCCUGCAUCUCUAUUGGUGAGGAGAACUUUGAGGUGAAGGCCGAUGACCUGGAGCCCAUCUCCGAGCUGGGACGAGGUGCGUACGGGGUGGUGGAGAAGAUGCGGCACGUGCCCAGCGGGCAGAUCAUGGCAGUGAAGCGGAUCCGAGCCACGGUGAACAGCCAGGAGCAGAAGAGGCUGCUGAUGGACCUGGAUAUCUCCAUGAGGACAGUGGAUUGUCCCUUCACUGUCACCUUUUACGGGGCACUCUUCCGAGAGGGAGAUGUGUGGAUUUGCAUGGAGCUGAUGGAUACCUCACUGGACAAAUUCUACAAACAUGUCAUUGACAAAGGCCUGACGAUUCCCGAGGACAUCCUGGGGAAAAUCGCAGUCUCUAUUGUAAAAGCACUAGAACAUCUCCAUAGUAAGCUCUCCGUGAUCCACCGAGAUGUAAAGCCCUCUAACGUGUUGAUCAAUACGCAGGGGCAGGUGAAAAUGUGCGAUUUUGGGAUUAGCGGUUACCUCGUUGACUCUGUUGCUAAAACCAUGGAUGCAGGAUGCAAACCCUACAUGGCUCCUGAGAGAAUUAACCCGGAGCUGAACCAGAAGGGAUACAGCGUCAAAUCUGACAUCUGGAGCCUGGGGAUCACCAUGAUCGAGCUGGCCAUCCUGCGCUUCCCCUACGACUCCUGGGGCACGCCCUUCCAGCAGCUCAAGCAGGUGGUGGAGGAGCCCUCGCCACAGCUCCCAGCAGAGAGGUUCUCAGCAGAGUUCGUCGACUUUACCUCGCAAUGCUUGAAGAAGAAUUCCAAAGAACGGCCAACAUACCCAGAGCUUAUGCAACAUCCUUUCUUCACCCUGCACGAAUCCAAAGAGACAGACGUCGCCUCUUUUGUCAAGCUCAUCCUGGGAGACUGAGAACUGGACUUGGAAAAGAAUUGCCCUUCUGUGGACUGGUGGGUGCAGGGGAGGGGCACGUGGCAGGACUUGUCAUGGAAGCACCAACAGAAAGUCGCCGUGUUUUGUUUUGUUUUGUUUUGGUUUGGUUUUAUUCUGAGAAACCCCCGCCUCGCCCGAGUUUUUUUAAAGGGUUCUUUGGUAUCCAUAGUGACAUAGAACGAGCUGGUUAGUGGAAUGAAUUUUAAUAAGGUUGGUAACCUUAAAACAAAACAACAACAACAAAAAAUUUUUUUUGAAAGAGUGAUUUACAUAUUUAAUGACAGUCGAGGUUCCUCUUCCUAACUUGCUCCUCAUCCCCCUUCCCUUCCCCUUGAACCAGAAUUUGCUUUGUCAUGGUAAUAGGUGCUAUGGUAGUCAUGAAGUUGUAUGUAGAUUUAUAUUUUGUCCCUUCCAUUAUUUUAAUAUUUAUGUUAAGUGCUUGAUGGAAUAGAUUUCUGUUUUAUAUGAGGAUGAGUGCGUGGUGAUGAUGAUGAUAAUGAUGAUGCAAAAUGAGGCCACAGCAAGCAGCACUUGUAAGGCUUUGCUGGGGAAAAGGUGUCCAAGGAGAGGAGAGAGGAGAGGAGAAGUGUCCCUGAUGUGGAAUAUAUUUAAUGUGCAUCAUAAAAGGAAUUGAUAAGCAAGACUUGCAGCUCAGCUGCUCGAGCUGUGUCAGGGAGGAAGGCCCUGGUGUCCCCUGUGGUCACCUCUUCUCCGGACACCACGCUCCAAGUCCGGAGCUUCCCAGCCCUGUCCCACCCCCUGCCCUGCUGGAGAGGCAGGCUGGGAGCUCUGGGAGUCGCUGGGACAGUGUCUGGGACAAUGUCUGGGACAAAAGGUCCGGAGGGAAGGAAGGAGGCUGCCAGAGGAGCUGCACACAGAGGAGGAGGAGGAGGCUGCCCUGGUCAGUGCCCGCCUGCCCAGCAGCGUUGCAGUGCCCGAGGCUCCCUUGGGCUGGGGAUGAGCUGCUUUGGGCCUCCACGGGAGCUGCUCUCUGCUCCUCGGGGUGAGCCAGGAUCACAGGACGCACGGUGUGACACCUGUGACAAAUGGCACGGUUUAGUGCUGGUUUCCAGGGCUCCUGGCACUGCUUUGGCAGCAGUCCCUCCGUGCUUGCCCACAGGGUCUGGGAGUGCCAGCGCUGCCAGGAGCCCGUGCUGGCAUGUGGGUUGGGCUGUGUCCAGCCCCAGCUGGGAUGCUGCAGGUGGGAGCUGCAGCCUGGGAAACCACACAGGGACACCACAGCCCCCCCUGCCCAGGAGCUCCUUGCUGCUCGCUGGGUCCCUGGGCACAAGCUGCAAGCCAGGGCAGGAGAAGGAGGAUGGUGAGGUGGGAGAGGAGCUGGAGAUCCCUCUGCCCUGGGGUCAGUCAGUAUCUGGAGCAGGGGGCACGGUGAGUGUUGCUGAGCCCGGAGCGAGGCCGCUGGCUCCACAUUAACGCUGCUUUGAGCCACACCUGCCCAGCUGCCUGAGCUCCUCUGCCUUUGCCCGUGGCUCCUUCCCCCAGCCCUGCCACGGGGCCUGCCUGUGCGUUCUGGGGAGGCUGCACAAGUGCCUCGUGCCCCUGCACCGCGCGCUUCCGUCCCCACCCCUCGCUUGGGCACAGCCCCUCGGAGCCAGGUCUGACCAGAAACACCCUGCUCUGCAGUGCUGAACCUGUGCAGGUGUCACUGAGCCUGUGCAGGUGUCACUGAGCCUGUGCAGGUGUCACUGAGCCUGUGCACAAUGUCACUGAACCUGUGCACGUGUCACUGAACCUGUGCAGGUGUCACUGAACCUGUGCACAAUGUCACUGAACCUGUGCAGGUGUCACUGACCCUGUGCAGGUGUCACUGACCGUGUCUGCAGUGCUGAACCUGUGCAGGUGUCACUGAGCCUGUGCACAAUGUCACUGAGCCUGUGCAGGUGUCACUGACCCUGUGCACAAUGUCACUGAGCCUGUGCACAAUGUCACUGACCGUGUCUGCAGUGCUGAACUUGUGCACGUGUCACUGAGCCUGUGCAGGUGUCACUGACCCCGUGCACAAUGUCACUGACCCUGUGCACAAUGUCACUGAACCUGUGCAGGUGUCACUGAACCUGUGCAGGUGUCACUGAGCCUGUGCACAAUGUCACUGAACCUGUGCAGGUGUCACUGAGCCUGUGCACAAUGUCACUGACCCUGUGCACAAUGUCACUGACCCUGUGCACAAUGUCACUGAACCUGUGCAGGUGUCACUGAACCUGUGCAGGUGUCACUGAGCCUGUGCACAAUGUCACUGAACCUGUGCAGGUGUCAUCUCACCCUGCUGUGCCAGGUUAGCAGCUCCAGGCUCUGCUGGUGCAGGAUGGAACAGUCUGAGGGGAUUUUGGGAAGGGAUCCCCUGGCAGGGCAGUGUUCAGAGCAGGGCUGUGGGCUGGUGGCACCUCCUGUGCUGGGGACAUGCUGGGGACACGCCAACCCUUCAGAGAGGCGCACAAAGACACCACCAGUGCCUGGGCUGCCACUGUCACUGCCACCACAGGCUGGGGUGCUGCAGCUCUGCCCUGGGCUGGCAGUGGCAGACAGGGAAGCAUUUGUGGGAUUUAUCAAUCCCCGUGCCCUGGGCUGCAGAGCAGGGCUGGCAGGAAUCAUCAGGGUGCCAUUCACAGCUCGUGCAGGCUUUGGGGAGGAGGCUCCCCUUGCCCAACCCUCGGGGAAGGACAAGCUCCAUGUCUCACCCUGUGCCCAGGGGAACCUUUCAGGUUACAUUUUGUGGCGGGUGAAACACGAGGAUGUUUUACUUCACAGUGUAAUUUUAAGAGGCCUCGCAUGGCUCAUGAUCUGCCCUCUCAUAUUCCAUGGUGUGUGUGUGUGUGUUUUCUCUCUCUCACUUUCUCAGAGUCACAGAGCUGUUUUGAUUGAUUGUCCUCAGCUGCAGCUGAAAGUCCAGCCAGCCAGUUUAUAGACUUGGUUCCAGCAUCAAUUCUCACUUUGAAAAACAUGACAUUUAAAACCACCCUUUGGUUUUCCUACAUAUGGAUCUGAUGCUUUUGUUCAAGAUUGUUUUUGCUGCUUUUCCCCUGCAAUAUAAGUCUCAUUUGGACACCGCAUCUCCUUGACCUCAGAGCACCUUCAUUUCAGUGCCAUUGUAAUUGACAGGUUGAAUUUAUGAGACACUGUCAAGGCUCAGUAUUAAUAGCAGAUAUUAAUGUCACCAGCGUUUUCCAAUAGGGAAUUAAUGGCAGUGUUGUCUGCAGCUAGUAACCCUCUGAAAGGAUUCCUCCCUGCCUCCACACAGGCCUUGCUUUUCUGCUUUCUGCUCUAAUCCCUCUGUUUUAAUGACAUUACAAGAGGGCACGCAGCGAAUCCCUCCCCUUCCCUGCUCCUUCUCCAUGACUUUGUUCCUUUUCAAGUCGUUUGUGUCAGCCCAGAGUAAGUGUGGAGCUGUCUGAGCAUGGGAAGUGCUGUGAGAGGUGCCCAGUGCUGUCCCUGCAUCCCUCGUGGUGGACACAAAGCUUGGCCUGACCCAGGAAUUCCUUAGAGAGAAGCCUGAGCUUGGUGGCUUCAGCUCAGGGGGGAGAGCCAGGGGUUCCUGUGUGCCUCAGAGCCCUGCAGCCCUGCAGGAUGAGUCAGGCUCUCCUGUCUGCUGUUUAAUUGGCACCUGUGUGAAGAUGAAAAGCCUUUGCUUGCUGCUCAGAUCUUUGUUUGGCCAGACAGGCUCUGGGAAACCUUUCCUGAGAGCCUGGCCCCCUGAACAGCCCAGGGUGUUGAGAAUUAGGGAUGUUCUUCACACAGGUUUUCUGUGUUCACACAGCACAGGGCUUGGGGUUGCCCCAAACUGGGAUCUGUAGAGAAGCAGGUCUCAAAUGCCAUAAACCUGAAAGAACCCCAAAGCUGGGGAGCAGAGAGAGAGCAAAGCUGCUGGGAGCUCAGCACUGGGCUGUGGGCUGGCCCAGCUGUGGGUGGGUUUGCAGGGCAGGGAGGGCCCCUCAGGCUGCCACAGCUUAUCAGGAGGCACAGCCCAUCCCCAGGGAUCCCCAGGUGGGAUGUCCAUCCUCCUCUUCCCCCCCAUACAGCCCCUGCAGUCCCCAGGAUGCUGCAGGCCUUGCCAUGGCUGGAGCUCUGAGGUGUCAAUGGUGUGAGAAGUGUUUUCUGGGUCCCCAAGAGCCCUUAAAUCUGAAAGAGGAGUUGAAGGGCAUUUUCUGGUUACUGUUUUUAAACACCAGGUUCAUGCUGCUGCACUGGGUGCAAUGCCCAUCAUUCCUGGAGUUCCUCCAGGUGUACAAACCUUGACACACAUAUCUCUGUACUGUAUUUCUCUGGUUUUCCCUGACUUUUGAUGAGUUUACUGGUGACAAGAGGCAACUCUGACUUGUUAAAGAGGUGAAACUUUAUUUCUGGAGGCAGGUGUAUGACACAGGAGGCAGUUGGUGGGUCUCUACUUGAAAAAAAUCUCUGAAAAAAUUUCUAAAAAAAUCUCAAUUCUCAACGCUGUUGUUGAGCAGGUGCUGCUGGGGCUUGUCCAGGUGGGAAGGGGCUGCCAGGGGCUAAGGGCACAGCCUCAGCUGGGAUUUCUCCAUGCUUGCUGCCAGCCAGGUGUGUACCUGCACAUUUCCCUUCUUCCCGCCACGUUCUGGAAGAGGAAAUCCUGCUUGGAUAACACAGCAUUGCUUCAGUGGCUGGUCUGGUGUGGUUCAGACAAGGUUCCCACCAGCUCCCAUGUUUCAUAAAUCAUUCUUAUUCAAAACAACCCCCAAACUCCUCUCUCAUAAAAGCCAGCCAAGAUGCUCCUUUUUUUUUUUUUCCCCUUCCAUCUUGUUCCUGUUAGAGGAACUCUGGGAGCCUGUCUUGGUGCUUUCACUCUUUCACAUGCCAAAGAUCCCUCUUAGCUACGCUCCUGCCAAACCAGAUCUUACAGUCUUGCCUCUGAAACCAUCCACUUCCCUGCUCCUUGGGGUUCCUUUUGUUGCUGUUGCUUUUUCAUUGAAUUUCCUCGUGUUUAUUGACAUGUCUAUUGUUGAGCUUCCUGGACACAUGCAGCUCUCUUUUUUUGGGAUACAGGGAAAGACAAAUAGUUGCCUUCACUUCUGUGCCCCUGCUGCUGGGGAAAUACUGUCAGUGCUGUGAUUGCUGCAGAUGGGAUGGCUCAUGUAGAGCUGGGGUUGUGGAGGGUGUAAACUGGCACUGCUCCAUUGGCUUGGCUGGAGGAAGGCCAGCUUUGUCCAGCUGAGAAUCUGUCCUUAGUGUCUAAACAGUUAUUACACACUAAUAAAGAUUAAUGAUCACAAAUCCCCAUGGAUCAGCCAUAAAAUGGCAAGUUUUGCUCAUUAAUCUUUAUUGCCAUGUUAUGGUUGUUGGUGUUAGAGCAGGCUCCUCUCUCUGCUCUGGCCGUGCCCAGGGCAGGGGGCUGAGCCUGGGGAGAGGAAGGCUGGACAGAACACACAGGACACACCAGAUAUCCACAUUUCACACUCUGUGUCCUGCCCCAGGCUCCUUGUUUCCUUGAAAGCCCUCAAGCAGCAGCAGAGGAUGGAUCCCAGAGCUUUGCCUGCUCCUCUGGCCUCUGCCUGGGCUGUAAAACCCAGAAGGGAGCAGAUCUCUUCAUUAAUACUUCAGCUCAGCCUUUGCUGGAGCAGAUGGAGAAUGUGAAAUUUGCCCUGUGCUCUGCAGAGCUGGGAGAUUCCCUCCUGGAUCGUGGCUGGAGGAGUGGCAGCUUUGUUGAAGGCUGAAAGAACUCUGCUCCUUCACAUAACCCCACUCCACAAAAACAGUGGCUUUUGGCAAUAAAUAGGGCCAGAAAAAGCUGCAUCUCUGUUUGAGGUGUUUGCAGAUGAAUAAACACAGCCAGGAGCUGCUGGUGCAGUGCUGCAGGCACAAAGGCCCAUUGCUGGAUAAAAGGAAAGGACUCUCACAGUGCAGUGAACUUUAAGGGUGGAUUUAAUGGCAUGGGGACAAAAUGAGUGCUCUGAUGGGCAGCUGCUGUCAGUCCAGUCUGCCAGGGAGGAGCAGGGGAGGCAGGACACAGCCUGAGAGCAGCCUGGCUGCCCUUGCCCUCCCACAUCUUCCCUCAGGCCCACACUUGUGGCCACUGGGUCCCACUCAUCCCCAGCUCCAGCAAGGGGAGCAGAAUCUAAAACCCAAAAGAAACCCACAGGGAAAAACCUGCAGGUGACCAAGGCAUGCUGCUGCUUGGCCUUAAAAAAGGGAAAAGCCUGGGAGAGGCUCUGGAGCUGAGAGAGAAGAGGGGAGGCUUUCAAGGUGGUCUCGACAGCUUGAUGCUGGAAAUUGCCAAUUUUCAGGCCAGCAGGAGGAGGGAGCUCACCAGGGACAGCCAGGGAGCAGCUGGGGCUGCAGGAUGGUUGUGAUGUGUCCUUCAGAGCAGCCCUGGCAUGCUGGAGAGCUCGGGGCCUCCGUGGACACCUUCAUAUUUUUAUUUUCAUGUCAAAAUAUUUCCCAUCUUUUUAUUUUCAUGGGAUUUUACUGGCAGCCAGCAGGAAGGGGAAGGGGCCUGCAGUCCAUGGGAGUGCUUUGGAGGAGGAAGGAGCUGCCUAUCCUCUCCAUUUCCCUGCUCCCAAACUCCACAGCUGCACAGCCACCCUGCAGGAGUUUGUCCCUGCAUUUGCUGCCCUUUGGGAAUGCUGGGCAGCUCGGGAGCAGGGUCCCAGCCCAGCCAGCAGCCAGGAUGAGCCACAAUCCCUUCCCUGGGAGCCUCCUGGUGUUUGAAGGACGGGGCGAGCGUCCAGCGGCCGCGAGGUUCUGCGGGGAUAAGGCGGGAGAAGCUUGGAAGUGGAGAUGGAAAUCUCAAAAGCUCAGACGUCUUUCGGUCAUUUCCAAAGCUCUCUGGUGUUGGCCAGACCUGAAAACCCUUCCUAGGAGUUUUAUUUCGGGGUAUUUUGAUCUGGUACUUUCACUUUUGGGCUUAGCUAAAUCCAGGAAACUCGCAGUGGUGUAAUUUUUGAAUCAAGACUAAACACACCCCAAGUAUUCCUGAACCCAUCAGGAAAGCUGCUGCUUGGUUUAUCUUCCAGGAAUAAUUCAGGCUUGAAUUCAGUCUGGUUUCGCCCUUAGAUAAUGAUUCUUUUUGAGGAAAUAAUGAGAGCAGGCCGUGAUCUUUCCAAAAGGCUGUGACCUGACACACCAAGCCGUUCCAGGAGGUGGCUGGAGAUAAAUUCAGUGAGAGGGGCCAAUGUCUGGAGGCUGGAAGAGCAGCCUGGAGUAUCCAUGGCCUCCAAAAACUCACACAGACACAGUUUCCCCAGGAAUUGUGGGAAGGAGGUGUAGGGUUCUGCCAUAUCUCGGGAUUUCUCCCUCUAGGAGAACCUUCAGCCAUCUCAGGGUGUCCCAGAACACCCAAAAACCUUCAGCAUUCAACAAGGGUUUGUUUUUUUCAGGAUAGAUACUGUGAAAAGUCAGGAAGGGCCAGAUGUCCUUGAUUUGCAUAGCCAGGGUGAAGAAAUGUGGAUUAAGUGCCUGGUAAAAGGCAGAAAAAGUUGUGUUUAAAGACAAAUCCCAGUCUCUGUCAGAGCUGGUGAGCCAGGAUCGAAUUUUCCCAAAUCCAGGUACAGCUGCAGAGCUCCCCAUCCAUAUUUAGCCCAAAUUUAAUCACAAAUCCUGCAUCAAUGCCCCUUCUGAGGGGCUUCUUCCAGGCUGGGGCUCAAAAUCCAAUACCCCCCAACCCAGGAUUGGGCUCUGAAUAUUCCCUUUAAAAUCCAUGUGCAAAGUGAAUUUCCAGGGCUCGGCCGCUGUUUUUAUUUUGGUGAAUCGAGUGGUUUGUGCUUGGUGAGAGCUGUCCCUGUGCCAGGGGCUGCUGGAAAUAGUCACAACAUCCAAAAGAGCUGGAAUUCUGCAUUUUUAAAUAGCAGUACAAUGAGGGGAAGCUGCUAAAUGGAGCUUCUUGUAAGCUGGAAAUGUGUUGGAGUAAAAUUUGUGAUUUCUUGUAGGGGAAAAAACUCUAAACAACUCUCUAAAAUUGUCCUUCAAUUUAAGGAUUUACAGUUUUAUUGGCAAAGAUCCAUGUUUAGCAUCAAUAUAUGGGAUUUCUAGACUUUCUGUCUUAAGGUGUGAAGUCUGCUUUUUCUUGAGAUGGUGGGAAACUGUAACAAGGAUAUUUCUACAUCAUUUUGGCUAAGGAAAAAAACCCAAACACCAAAAUAUGAGCAAAAAAAAUGGAAAAGCACCCAGAACCCAGUGGUCUCUGGUGUUGAAGAGGGCACAUGAACAUGUUAGGAAGGAGAAGACUUUCCAACCUGCUAUAAUGCAAGUCCUUAUUUUACUUUAUUUUUAGGAUUUUUUGAACACUAACAUCAUUUGGUUGCUUAACUGUGAAAGUCUCUGCUUUUCCAUCCCCGUGGAAGGCUGAUUAUUCUUUCCCAUGUUCUUAUUUAUUAUUUAUCCCUUUCUGGUACUAUCCAAGAGGUGCUGAAGGUAUCUCCCAGCCUGCCCCGGAGCCAUGUGGAGUCCCUGUGGUAUCUCCUACCAGCUGGGAUGGCAGUAGACGCCUAAUUGUGAUUUUAAAUUAUAUUUCUAGUAACUUAGAUUAUUUUUCUUUUAGUGUCCUGGUUUGCUCUAGAAUUAGGGAUGGGGAUAAGGAAUCUUGUUUUUAAAAAAUUGUAUUUUUUUGAGUUUUCUUUUAACUUCUUGGGGGUUUCUGAAGAAACCUGCUCACUUCUAUGUUUUUAGGAGAGAAGCAUGAGGUGGGUUUCUUGUUCCUUUGAGAGGGGAUUGAGUAGCACCAGGGUUCAGUUUAGCUGGUAAAAUGCUCUGUGUCACAUCAUUAAAACCACCCUGAAUUCUGAGAUAACAACCACUUUCCACCUGGAAAUUAAAAUCUGAUUGAAUCUGAUUGGUGACAAGCUUGGUUUGUCCAAGGCUCAUGCCAGGCUUUUCUCUGUCAGAUUUCCAUGGAGUUUGCUGAGCCCUGGGUGGUCAGGAUGGGCAAGGCAGGGCUGGGGACAGCCAGAGGUGACACAUGUCCUGCAGAAAUAAUGGAGAAAUUCAUCUGCAGGUCCUGCUCUGAGGGGAAUCCCUAAAGUGUGGGAGAGAAUCAGGACUGGGGGCUCAAAACCCAUCAGCUUUUGUUCUUUUUAUUCCCUUGCUCCCCUUGGAAAGGAGCUUCAAAAUCCUCCCCAGCCUUUCUGAUAAAGAAUAACAGAAUCAGAGAACCACAGAGUCAUUUAGGGUAGAAAAACCUUUAAAAUCAUCGAGUCCAACCAAAAACUCAGCACUGCCAAGGCCACCACUAACCCAUGUCCCCAAGUGCCACAUCCACACAUUCUGAGCCCUUCCAGGGAGGGUGACUCAAGCCCUUCCCUGGCAGCUUGGGCGCUGUGGUGCAGCUGUUUUCAGACAGCUCAUGCUGCUUUUUCUGGGGUUUUUUUUCUCUGCUUUUUUUUUCUGGUUUGUUUUCUUUCCCCAACGUAUAAGAAACGUUGGGUAGCAGAAUGUGGAAUUGAUUAGAAGUUCAUAAAGCAGGGACCUCAGAAGGAUGUGGGUAUAAAUGCUUUUCAGGCAUCCGAGGUGAACUUUAAAUGGAGCUUUGGCCCUCAUUUGCUUUCUGCUUUUCAAAAACCAUUUAUGAGAAAGUGGAGCUGUCAAAGCCAUGCAUGAACUUUGCCUUCUUGCAAAUAACUUGUCUCAAAGUAAAUUGUCCAAAUGCACAAGAAACUUGUCUCUAAGUAAAUCCAGUAGCUCUACGAAGCUGGAAUUGUGUGCAUUAGAGGGUGUGAGGUGUGUGUGUGUGUGUGUGUGUGUGUGUGUGUGAGCACGUGUUGUGCUUGGGGGUGUGCAGGGAGUAACUCAACCAUUUUGAGAUUUACAAAAACACAAUGCAAGUGCUUUUAGAAAAAAAAAAAGAAAAAGGCAGCGUAAAAUAUUUAUUUCUUGGCAGAAGUACAUCAGACCACAUCUCCCAUCCUUCUUUUAAUUGCUUGGUGUUUGUUUGUGUUGUCUCAGGCUUUGCUGGUUUCCUCUGCAGGGCUCUGUCACCUCACACAACCCCUCUGUCAGCCAGGCCAGGGGCAGCUCCAGCCCCUCAGGAGAGCCCUGGGGUGCAAGCAGUGAGCAGAGGCAGGGCUGGUGUUGGGGUAAAGGCAGCACAGUGCAACGUGGGUGAUUUUCAGUUUCCAGCCUUGUUUCUUUCCUUGUGAGAAUCCAAACCACCACAGCCCGAGGCAGCGCCCGAGGCACAGCCUUGGGCAGGGUGGUUGGGCAGACAGAGCAGCUUGGAGGGUGUGAGGUGGCACUGGCAGGGCUGUGAGGUGGCACUGCCUGGUUGGCAGUGUCCUGUGGGCUUUGCCCAGGGUUUGGAGCUGCCCUGUGUGGGAUGGGCACUCCGAGCUCCCGUUCCCAGCCAGGUGCAGACGUGUCCCUGUGCUCCAGAGCCCUUCCGUGGUCACCUGGCUGCACAGCUGCACGUCCCCUGCCCCUGGCAGCACCUGGGACACUUCCCUGUGCUGCCUUCACCCAUCCCAGUGCUGUUCCUCGUGCUCUGGAGAUGAGCAGGGGUAGCAGAGUGACAGCAGGACCGUGUGUGUAACGUUUGAGAGGCUUUUACUCCGUGUUGUUGUUUUACUGAGAUGCUUUUAGGAUCCGUGCUGCUCUGGUAUUCUUUAACCUUCAUUGCCACAGAUUCUUUCUCCCCACCCUCUUCAAUCAGAUUGGCAAAAUACAUUUGGCUUGAAAAAAAAGCCCCAAACAACCCCAAACCCUGCUGAUGGGAUAAGUCACUCCUCUUUACUGUGCUUUGAUUUGAUUUCUCAGGAUACUCAGAGGUUUUUCACUGCUGCUGAGAGGGGACAGUACACCUUUUUGGAGACUUCAACCACUGUAACAGUUUUCCAGAUGUGUGUGUGCGUGUGCGUGUGUGUAACCCAGCACUGUGCGUGCGUGUGUUCUGCUGAAUAUCGUGUGCAUCUCUGAAAUGCUUCAAACAACUGCCUGGAAGUCAAAAACCAACCACCUCUUUCCAGUCAUAUGUUUGCCGUGACUUUUCAUAACCACACUUGAAACUAGUGGUCUUGGAUGGAAAUAUUCAAAGAGCAGGGCAUCUUUAUAGCAAUGGUAUGUCAGUCGAAUUACGGGAAAUGUACACAAAAAUAAAUAAAUGAAAUUUAAAAGUAA